UUUGUCGAUUGUCAAACAAUUCGUAAACAAAAAGGUUAGUUUAUUGAAAUUGAAAAGAUUUUUCUGCUGUGGGAAACAAAAUGCCACAUGAUCAUCAUCAUCACGAAGGUGGAUGUUCACAUGAAUCCACCGACUCUGAUUAUCUCAGGGAAAUUGGCAUUCAAUAUAGUUUAUACACGAAAAUCGAUGUAGAAAAUUUAGAAUGUCUGAACGAAACCACCGAAGGUUCGGCGAAAUUUAUUUUUAAACCGUAUGAGGAGCGAUUGAACUUUGAUAAGUUUGUCGAAAGUGAUGCGGACGAAGAGCUGCUUUUCAAUAUUCCGUUCACCGGCAACAUAAAACUCAAAGGAAUCACAAUUAUUGGUGCCAACGAUGAUUCACACCCGAACAAAGUAAGACUGUUUAAAAACCGUCCGAAGUUGUCUUUCGAUGACGCCAAUUCGAAGGCCGAUGAAGAACUAGAUCUUGCACGCAACCCAAAUGGUGACUUAGAAUAUCCAAUCAAACCUGUUCAAUUUUCAUCGGUACACCAUUUGACGCUACAUUUUCCAUCCAAUUUUGGUGACGACAAUACUCGCAUCUACUAUAUUGGUCUGCGCGGUGAAUUCUCUCAGGCUCAUUAUCAUGGAGUUACAAUUUGCAACUACGAAUCCCGGCCCAAUGUAUCCGACCAUAAAAAUAAUGUUUUCGAUUCUGUCAAUCAUAGAGUUCAGUAAUAAAAUCGAAGAGUGCAUUUUUUUUCAUUGUAAAAUGUUCUCACUAAUUUUAUUCACUUUUUAAAAAAUACAGUACAGCAGUUGGUUACACAUA